UUUGAAGGCAAAAUUAAAGACUAUCCCAUUUGAAGGACAAAACUUAAAGGCCAACACAAAUACACAGAACUUAAAGGCCAUCACAAAAGUGCAAAUGACCCAUUGAUUUCCUCCCCGCCCCCUAUCUUUGGGCUUUUUCUGUUUCUUCUAUCUUUGGGUUUCAUUUUUCUCCUAAAGCUAAAAUUUUCACAGAUAUAUGAAUUUCUACUUGAAUUCAUAAAGUCUUGAUUUUUUACAGUGUUUGUGAUAGUAUUGCAGUUUGAAUUGAUCAUUUGGGUUGUGAAAAUGGAGGAAGGUGUUCCAAGUAGAGAAGAACCCAAAUCAUGGGAAGAGCUUUACAAUGUCAAUUUGGUUCCUUCUGAGCUUUUUCUCAAGUUCAGAAAAGAAAUUCAGGGUUUUCGUGUUGGCGUUAACUUGGAGUUUUAUAACAAUCCAAGCAAUGAAUAUAUUGGAAAACUGGUUUUAAAGCCUUUAGCUCCUGAACGGCGAUGGAAGUUCAUAUGUGAGCCAUUGCAUCGUGAAGUUCGCCUUCUAUCAAAGAAGAUCCCAGUUACAAAAUUUCUGAACCUUCAGGUAGGGAUAGGCCACAAUUUUCAGUUGCAUGCAACUGGUUGGAAAUGGAAGCUCACGACUUGUUUGGGUGGAGAUGGUGUCUCCAGGAUCCGCAAUAAGACGUCACUUGGAUUAUGUCCUGGUGUCGAUUUUCGUUUUGGGUGGAGAGCAGACUAUGUUCUUCCUGAAAUUACUGGGGCUGUAGGCACCGGUGAGCCAUUGUUCAAUAUGAACUCUGGAAAAUUAGAAGCAUCGCUGGAUAGAGUGGAGGCCAUCUUUAGCCAAUAAGCACAACGAUCACUUGAAUAUGCAGGAGGAAAAGGAGUGGGGAAGUGAAAAAUGGAUAUAUGGAACCGCGAUGGGUUGUAUAGCCAACGACCCUCUUCAUACAAUGUGCUUCGAGAGCAAUAUCUUUUGUGAAAUGAUGAAUACGCAAACUUAUCCCAAAUCCUGUUAUUUAGAUUGUUAUUUAUAUGUUCUUUAAUUUCAUCUCUGCACAAUUCUUUGAUGUACAAAGCAGGAUUUGAAAAUUCGGUUUUUCAUUAUUCAUUUUGGUUACUCAA